AAACGGGGAAAACCCCAUCUGCAAGUGCGGAUAAAAUUCAGGUUUCAAAUCUUCGGUUUCCCGGCAAAUUGGUCUGAAAAUUGAAAGCUCGAAAGCUCCUUUAGUCGGAAAUCAAGCUCUCUUGCUCGGAAUAUGGUCGCGAAACCUUGAACAGAUCGGGGUUGCAGCAGUCUGUUGCAGGAAUGGAUAAAGUUGUGGCUACAGUGAGUGGAUACCAGGGGUCCGAGCGAUUCAACCUCAUCAAGCUGAUUGCCAAGGCUGGCGGAAACUAUGUCGGCACAAUGAGUGAUUCCGUCACGCACCUGGUAUGUUGGAGAUUUGAAGGGAGGAAAUAUGAACUUGCCAGGAAGUCAGGAAAAACAUUCAUUGUUAACCAUAGGUGGAUCGAAGACUGUAUUAAGAAAGGAAGACGUGUUCAAGAGAAUCCAUAUAUGGUACAAUGCGGGGAAGAAGUUGGGCCACUGAUGAACACUACACUUGUCAGUGGAAGUAAUAAAUCCACUGAGUUCAAUUAUAACGAUACAUGGAUUGAUAAUGCUCUUGAGGAAUAUAUUCCCGAUCAUGAAAUAGAAAAGCAUAAAUCUGGGCAGGAAAAGAAAAGACGAUGUCUUAAGCAUAACCAUAACUUAAGCAACAGACAUCGGCUUGAUGGUCCUUCUAUAUCAGGCUCAUGUAGGACGGAGACAGAGGAACCAAGUCCUGAGCGUCCACUAUUUCUUACACCAAAAAAGAGGGACAAGGAAUUGCCUGAAACAUCUCUUAAACGUCGUAGACUGGUGAAAAAGAAUAUUAGGGAUGUGUUAGAGAUUUCAGAUUCAGAACAAAGCCCACAAAUUCAAUCUCUGCCAGAAGAUGAAGGUAUCUUGCAUUCUAACAAUAUAAAUGUUGAGCAUGAAGGCAUAUCAAAUGAGAGUGACACAACAAAAUUCAGCAAUGCGGAGGACCUGGAGAAGAGGACUGAUGGUCCUGAAGAAAUUCUAACUAUGAUCAAUGGUGAAAAUUCAACAACAAACCCAAAUGGUGACAAUCCAUUAUCUCCAUUCAAUUCACCACCAAAGCAUAUGCUGGAUGUUGGUGUAGAUGAGAGAGGUGAAAAUUGUGUGAGAUUGCCCACAUCGCCAGAGCGCUCGUGUGUCAUAUGCUGGACAGAUUUCAGCUCAACCCGGGGGUUGCUACCUUGUGGCCACCGUUUUUGUUUCUCGUGCAUCCAAAGCUGGGCAGAUCAAAUGGUAGCAUGUGGAAAAACUUCAACAUGUCCUCUAUGCAAGGUUGGAUUUGCUAGUAUCACCAAGGUCAACGCUGUUGUGUCCUCCGACCAAAAAAUAUAUUCACAAACUAUUCCUCACGACCGUCCGGGAACUGACAUUUAUAUCCUUCCUGAUGGUGGAACAUCUCGUUUUCCUGCCAACACAUCAACAAUGCCUCCAGUCUGUUGCCAAUGCCUUUCGCGAGCACCAGAGGAACUUCUCAUCUACUGUCAUGUGUGCCAGGUUCGAUGUAUACACGAAUAUUGUCUGGAUCCGCCAUUGCAACCAUGGUCGUGCCUACACUGUAAGGACAUGCAGAGGCGUUAUCUAUCGUAUUACCGUCCCAUUUGGUAGCCCUCCCAUGGAUUAUUGUACGUAUUUUUUUUAUUUACUUUCAAAGAACUUGUUUAGUCUAGGUGGGUGUUUUCGGUUAUCAUUUCUACGUAAAAAGGGUUCUACUUUCAGGUCUUUCACAUUGAGAGCUUUCUUCCGCCAGCACAACCCUUUCACAGUCCAAAUUCAGUUAUAGAGUGUUUAUUCGAAUUUAGUUUUCCUUCAUUUCUUAUUAAUUCAUUUAAGAAUAUUGCUGUUAAAUAAUACUCCGUAAAAAAGAAGUUAUCCUAAG